CUUUUUGUUCAUUCAUCAUUUGAACAUAUAUUUGUAUUCUUUGUAUUCUCUUAUUAGUGGUAUUAUAUAUCUCAAAUUAGCCUAAUUAUAGAGCAACAAAAAGAAAUAAAAUACAACUUAUUGCUUGAAUAUUAAUUUUUGUACAAUUUUUUAAUUAAUUCAUUGCUUAAAUAUAAAAUAAAUUAUGAAUAAGCAACAACAGCCUGCAAUGGGAGUACCAAUGGGUGAGCCUGCAGUGGGAGAGUUCUCUUCUGGUCUUUGUGAUUGUUUUUCUGAUGUUUCUCUUUGUUGUUUAACAUGUUGGUGUCCAUGCAUCACCUUUGGACGAAUUGCCGAGAUUGUUGACAAGGGCUCAUCAUCAUGUGGAGUUAGUGGGGCAUUAUAUUCAUUGCUCAUGGUGUUUACCGGAUGCCAAUUCAUAUAUUCAUGCACAUAUCGUUCAAAGAUGAAGGCUCAAUAUGGAAUACCAGAGAAUAGUUGUGGAGAUUGUUGCACUCAUUUUUGGUGCGAGACUUGCGCCUUAUGUCAAGAGUAUCGUGAACUUCAAUAUCGUGGUUAUGAUGUUGCCCUUGGCUGGCAUGGUAACAUGGAGAAAGCAAACCAGGGAAUGACGAUGCCUCCAUCAAUGCCAGGUGGAAUGACCCGAUAAACUGGCCAGAACCUACCUGACCCGAUCCACCCAAUGUGACCAGUUCAUAUUUGAGCAUGGAGUAUGCGAGAAAAUUCAAGACUAAAUAAAAAAAGUAUUGUUGUCUUGUUGAUGAUAAUACGAACAGAUUCUUGUGUGAUUAUUUAUUUCAUUUAUUUGUAUCAAUGUUUGACCAAAGAUUUAUUUUCUUUUUGAUUGGAUUAUGUCAUGUGUGAUAUUUUAGACAAACUAGUUGUGAGAUUCGCACGCGGUCCCCCAAGUUAUAUUAUUAAAUUUAACGACGGUAUGCGAAAUCCUAGUAAAUCGAAUCGUGUAGAGAAGGCUAUGUGCAAUACAAAUUAUACUUAUAUUUCAUAGUAAAA